CAACGAUCACCUCUACAAGCGAAAGAUGAAAGCGAUUAGUUUGGUAUUCAUCCUCGCCCCCUCGCUGAUAGCGCUCUCCCAUGGAAGCCCAGUUGAUCGGGAGGCGAUCGGAGGUCCGAUGGCGAUGCGGGGAUUCAACAACAGUCUGGGCACCUUCGUGGAGUACAGCGGUCAGGCAUCGCUAGCCUCCAGAGAUUGGAAGUUAUGUGCCAGCUUCAACUUGGAGUCGCUUUAUACGGCAAUACGUGCGUUCAAUGGUGUCUACAAGGCUUUGGUCGAUGUGUGCGAUAUCCAAAGGAAUCUUUGUCCAGAAAUUCUGGACAUUACCAAGUUUGCGGAUAGUAUUCUUCACGAUGGACUAAUUGACUUGGAGAAAGCGUUGGACUUUAGGGCCGGACGACUUUCUUUGGGAGAUGACGACGUGUCCAUCGAGCUUGGGAUGGGAACAUCCUGCAUUGACAGCUCCAUUAAUGUUAUAAAUGUGAUACUUCAAGAACCCUUUCACGAGGCUUAUGAACCUGAAAACCUGAUUAUGAUGAAGCCGUAUCUAUACCUUAUGGGCAGCAGACUAAAAAGUGCCCAGAAUGCCAUAACUGAAGCCAUAAUCUCUGCCCACCACGGAAAGCUUAGUCCUCUUGUCCUUUCAAUGAAACAGCUGCAAGCGAAGAUGCCGCCAAUUCUGGGAGAUCUGGAUGGCCGAUAUACAAUCCGGAAUAUUUACCUUCUCGCCUCCGUAGUUCCUCGGCAGCGGGGCAACCACGUGGAGUUCCAAAUCACAGUGCCCUUGCUCGAUGCGGAGAAGUUUAAUAUCUACCGAUUGACGCCCAUUCCACGGUUAAACAAUGGCGUAAUCCAACUGGUGGACACCGAAACACCUUAUCUGGGCAUCAACGAUCAUAUGGACAGGUAUUUUCCGCUUCAGAGCUUGGACGACUGCAUCAAGUUGGGCGAAGAAAGGUUCAUCUGCAGGCGCAACCGCAUUAUCUACGGGACUGGGGAUGACAGUUUUGCCUGCUCCCUGGCGGCCAUACGGAACCAGUCUUCCGAAGUCUGCACCUUGCGUCAAGUGAAGGAGAAGAGUCUGUGGACAGAGAUGGUGGCACCAAACUCCUGGAUGGUGGCCCUUACCAAUGAGCUAACUUUAAUAGGAGUGUGCUCCGGUGAGAGGCAGGAGCUCCAAUUGAAUGGCAGUGGAAUCCUGAGCAUUCAAAGCGACUGUGCCGUGCGCAGUCCAGCUGUCGCCCUCCGUGGAGAAGUCCGGGAAAGAGUUCCUUCGAAAGCAGGUUACGCAACGCUGCAGAAGGAACCAAAAUCUUCCCAGGAAUCCGUGACCUUGGAAUCAUUUAAUCAACUCCUGGCGAUCGUGGGCAAACUGGAGCUGAAUCAGAAAAAGCUGGAAGCAGUCCGAGAUUACCCAAUGGUAGUCGUAGUAGUAGUAGCUGUGUGCGCAGCCAUAUUGCUGGUCGCCUUACUUGUUUCGGCGACCUGGUUAUAUCGCACCCAUCGGAGCAAACAACUUGCGCAGGCUCAAAAUCUUGUCAACGAAGUCAAUGGUCUCCAGGAUCCACAGAAUCGCACCACAACCUGCAAUCUUCCGCUGCUGGAAAAACAUGAAAUCUAAAAAAAAAAGAAGAUGCGGCUGCGUGGUGCAUCUGUUAAGUUCCGAUGAAAUUUCAAAGAGAGCUAUGAUUUUUUAACAAUUUUUUGUGUCGAUUAUAAUACAGUUUUAUUUGUUUGGUUUGAUUGCAAUAAAUAUUAGUUACUCUC